GCGCAAUGUUCAAUACUCCGAGCAUCUAGACAUUGUGCCGGGUGGGUGAAGAGACAAUUAAAUCUACGAUCCAGAAAAAAUAUAAGUGACACACGGAUUAAACGCAAAAGGUUUGUGCUCCUUUUUAGGCUUGGUGUGGAGUGCAGAUUGUGCGCGCAAGUCUUAAAGUUCUCCAGGAUGCAAGCUCUUGUGGAGAAUGAGCUAAGCGGAGCGGUGCACGGCGGGAUUCUCCGAGGUUGGAGCGCAGCUGCUGACUUCAGCCACUAACGGGAGGACCAAGGAGGAGAGCUGCCUCCGUUUUCUCUCUCUCUUUUUCCAUUCACAGUCUCACAGAGAUAGGCAGCAUCCCUCAGCCCCUGCAUUGAAAAUAGAAGAGGUUAAAGGGAGGAAAAAAGAAUAAAGGAGAAGAAAAAAACGGGAUUAUAAAAGCAGGGAGUAAUCAAGGAAAAUCUGAAGCAAGGACAAAAAGAAUUCAAAAUAGAUCUACAUCUCAGGCUCUUGUGUUUGCUGUUUCGUGGGGCUAAACUGAAGAGAUUUGGGUCGUGCAUUGCUUUGCUUCAGCCAGCCUGUGGAGUAUAGGAUCACAAAUAACAUUUUAAGGCCUUGGACAUUGCCUCUUCUCCUGCCUCUAGGCUGACAAACGGUUCUGCUUUCAUGUGAUCCGGCUGUGAAUUCUGCUGUUGCAACAGUCUUCUGCAAGCAAAACUUCAUCCCACACAUUGACAUCUGUAUUCAGAAGGCCUGACAGAUAUAAGAAGCAAACCCUAACGAGAAGGCUCUUUAGUAGAAGAAAAACAUGGCCAAGGGGAAGAUCUCUUCUCCAUGUGAGCCAUGACAGUAUGGUGGACUGUUUGAGUCGAGUCAUGCUGCAUACAGCCGUGUCUUGCUGGCAGCCUUUGCUGGGGCUCGCCUUGGUGGCCGUGUUCGUGGGCUCCACUCUGGCCUGCCCCGCCCGCUGCGAGUGCUCCGCCCAGAGCCGCUCUGUCAUCUGCCACCGCAAGCGCUACAACGCCAUCCCUGAUGGAGUCCCAAUUGAGACACGAAUCCUUGAUCUCAGCAAGAAUCGCAUUCCGGCAGUCAACCCUGAUGACUUUGCUGCAUAUCCACACAUAGAAGAACUGGACCUGAGUGGGAAUAUCAUUGCCUAUGUUGAGCCUGGAGCCUUCAACUCACUCUACAGCCUCCACACACUGAGUUUAAAGAGCAACCGCAUCAAGCUCCUCUCUUUAGGUGUCUUCUCUGGCCUCUCCAACCUGACAAACCUGGAUAUCAGCGACAACAAAGUUGUCAUUCUGGUGGACUAUAUGUUCCAAGACCUGCGCAACCUCAGGUCAUUGGAAAUUGGAGACAAUGAGCUAAUCUAUAUCUCCCAUCGGGCCUUCAGUGGACUAUUGUCACUGGAGAGCCUGACACUGGAGCGCUGUAACUUGACGGUGGUGCCCACAGAUGCCCUGUCCCACCUGCACAACCUGGUGAGCCUACAUAUGCGCUACCUCAGUAUCAGCACUCUUCACCCCUACUCCUUCAAGAAGCUGUUCCACCUUCGUCACCUAGAAAUUGACAACUGGCCAUCUCUUGAUGCGGUCCCUAUUAAUUCACUGCAUGGCCUCAACCUCACCACACUUUCUAUUACCAACACCAACCUGUCCACUUUCCCUUACCAGGCUCUUCGCCACCUGCCUUACCUCACACACCUUAACCUCUCCUACAGUCACAUUCGGGUGGUGGAGGGUGGCCUGCUUAAGGACUUAGUGCGAUUGCAUGAGCUGAGGUUGGCUGGAUCUCAACUGGUGUCCAUCGAACCCUAUGCUUUCCAGGGCAUCCGCUGGCUCCGUUUGCUAAAUGUCUCCCAAAACCGCCUUGAUACCCUGGAGAGGGGGGUAUUCCAUGCUCCUGAGGCCCUAGAGGUGCUGUUGAUCAACAACAAUCCUCUGGUGUGUGACUGCCGUCUCAUGUGGUUGCUGCAAAGGCGCCAUUCAAUUUCUUUUGGGGACACCCAGCCCGAGUGCAGCACUCCGGAAGGGAUCCAAGGACGCCCCUUCAAAGAGUUCAAAGAGACUCUGCUAUCUUACUACGUGACCUGCAGCAAGCCGAAGAUCCGAGAAAAUCGAACUCAGAUGGUGUCCGUGGAGGAGGGACAGUCGGCCCGAUUACACUGCAGUGCAGAUGGAACCCCGAGGCCCACUAUUUCCUGGGUCACCCCACGCCGGAGACACCUGACUACCAGGAGCCAUGGAAGGGUGACAGUUCACAACAACGGCUCGUUGGAUAUCAAGGCAGCAGAGGUUCAGGAUGACGGUGUGUAUAUGUGUGUGGCCUCUAGCACAGCAGGCAAUGACACUCUUAUGGUAUCACUGGCAGUGAAAAGUCUGGGCUCGCUGUAUGCCAACAGGACCCAGCAUUAUACGGAUACAAGCAAUGCCACUGCCAAUGGUACCAACCUCCCCAAUGUGACCUUUGGCCUGGACCUAAAAACUAUCUUAGUUUCUACAGCCAUGGGCUGUUUCACAUUCCUAGGAGUGGUUCUCUUCUGCUUCCUGCUCCUGUUUGUAUGGAGUCGAGGAAAAGGCAAACAUAAAAACAACAUUGAUAUUGAGUACGUGCCACGCUCAAAGUCCAAUGGGACCUCCGCUGAAGAGGCAGACCAGGGUGCUGGGCCACGUCGAUUUAACAUGAAAAUGAUUUAAGACAUUGAAAGUAAUACCAGUGGGAAUUUACGCUGAUCUCUGUUUUGCAUAUGAAACCUGGAACAGCUUCAGAUCAAUGCCUGGAAACUCAAAAGUUCCUAAGAUUCACUCCAGGUUUUGGUUAAGCCUGGACUUCACUGGAUGCGCAAGGAGAAUAAUAUGUGUCAAUAGAGAACAAUUUUCAAUUUGUAUGAAACCCUCUUGUUAGGAGGGGGUGUUCAUCAACACUCCAACACAAAUUGUGUACAGAACCAAUUUGUAAAAUUCAAGUAUUACUCUUAUUUGCCGAGGCUCGCACAUGCUUUCUCACUGCGACCAACAGAUGAUUGGGAAUCCGUUCUCUCUCUCAUUAUCCUGCAUAUAUGUAUGUAAUUCUCAGUUAUGUAUGUGUAUGUUAACAUGUAUAAACACUUUCUUUUUUUGCAUUGUUCACAAAAUGCAAUGACCGCCAAAAUUUACAUUUCCCUUGAUUUGAAAGAAAUACGGUGUGACCAAGCCAUCAUCUCACUACCCAAACUGUUUGAGGAUGGAGGACGAAGGCCUUUAGCAGGUGUGAAAUGUAACUCCAGGGAACUUGUAUGCCUUUUGUCUACCCCAAGUUAUUCUCCUGAUAUGAAGAAUAUUAUAUUUGUUUAUAAUCUGGAAAAAAGAAGAGAGAUUAUUUAUUGACAAAGGCCUUUAAGUUCAAAAUUAAUAACACAAGGUAAAGAUCUUCAAAUGGUUUAAAAUCAUGCGUUUUUUUUUUUUUUAUAUGAUUUUGCACCAAGUAUGAACAUUAAUUAACACACACCAUUUUUAGUUUUGCUCUUGUCCAUUUCUGUGACUCUAACCGCACAUCUGGUACAAAAUACAAAAUGUCUAAAUUUCCAGUCAAGCUACCAUUAAUCUUUUUCUUUUAAUUAUAAUUUUUUACAAUUUUCUUUCCUUCCCUAUUAAGAAAUUCUGACUUUGUUGUGGUAGUUUCUCAUUUUGUUGUUGAAUCAUUUAGAUUGUAAACAGUUCCAAGUAAAGAAAAAAUACAUGUAUGUGGAAUAAAAAAUAUUGAUUUGUA